AUGGGAGACGGACAGCAAGUGGAGCGCUCAAGUUUCGUAGACCCCAUAGUGUGGCCGAGAGUGGGGCAAGGACAAAGGGAAGGGGUGAAGGUUCUGCUGGACGACAUUGGAUCAAACAUCACCACUUUCAGCAAGCUCUUCCUGGUUCACAGCUCUUUGACCAACUUCACCAAAAUGAUCUCUCACACACACUCACAGAUCGAGGACAUCUACCCUCAAGUUGAUCAGAUGGAUUUCUACAGGUGGAUCUGUUGUAUUACCCUGUGCUGUAUGGUUGUGCUCAUCCUCGCCUUCAAUUUUCUGGGUUUGUUGUGUGGUAUUCUGGGAUUCAACAGGCACGCAACUCCAACAACACGUGGUUGUGUCUCUAACACAGGAGGCAACCUGCUCAUGUCUGGUGUGGGCUUCAGCUUCCUGUUCUCCUGGGUGCUCAUGGGAGUGAUAGCAGCUCUGUUUUUGGUGGGUGGGAAUCUAGAAAAGCUUGUGUGUGAACCCUUUCAAACCCGACAGCUGUUUAAGGUGUUAGAUACACCCAAGCUGAUCAACUCUGCUUGGAGAAACUUCAUACCAGGAUACCUGUACAAUGACCCUGAGAUGGACCUUACAGCAUAUUCUCUCUACAGUAAUUGUAAGGACAACAGAGGGAUUUACUCAGCUCUUCAUCUGGAUAAGAUCUUCAACAUCUCAGCCUUCUUUAACACUAGUGUUGUGAGUGGAUCCAGGCUUAGCGUGCACACGCAAAUCACAACUAAAUUUACAGUGACAUUCAAAGUCACACUCUGAGAUUAGUGAUGCUACCGUUUACACCAGAUAGCACCAUUUUGAGAGCUAGGCAUUUUAAACUCAUUACUAUCUAACAACAAAUGUGAUUGUUCAGACAAAUUUAAGCUGACUGUGGGCAUUAAAAAAAGUUGCAUU